GCGUCCGGUCCCGCUGGACGAGAUGGGUUGCAAGUCGGUUAGCUCGACUGUACCCGGCAACCUCAAGUCGAUAUUAACAUACGAGACGUGAAAGUGCGCGACUACCCCGGACUUCUUUUCAUAAGGUUGGUGUUUGGCAACGGAUGAUAGCAAGGGAGCUUGACUAUACUGCGGAAAGUACGGCGAGCGAUGGGCUUGUAAAAUGGCGUGAUCGGAUAGAAGACCCAGACGCUGAGAGGUCACUUACUGAGAGAAGAAAGAAAGUGUCAGAGUUGAUAGGAGUUUCGUUUCCCAAAGAAUUGUCCGGUUUCAUGUUUUCUUCCGAUUUUGAUGAGUGGCCCACGAAUCGCGGAACAACCGAGCGUGAGUAAACGACCGAGACAAUUCUGGACACAGAUGCUGUAGGCAUGACGGCCAGCAAAGUGAAUUGAUAUUAGAAUACCUUAACGAUG